AUGCUGAUAAAAAUCGGCACGCAUUGCGCGCAGUCGGAGCGCAUCAAGAUUUUCUUCAUGGAUGGGUCGUUCAAGACCUUUCAGUACGGGCGUGAGGAUACCCUCGAAGACCUGUGGUACACCGUGGUGCAGAAGCUCGGCCUGACCAACCAGGCGGCCGAGUGCUUUUUCCUCUGGUCCUCGUGCGAAACUCUCGAGCUGCUGUGCUACACAGACGAGACGGUGGUCGAAUGCGUCCAGCAGUGGCCCGCCACCUAUGGCAAGUACCACGAGCGCGAGAUCGGCAUCAUCAAGGAGUCGGCCUACGCCCUGAAGAAGCUGCGACACAAGGACUUGCCUGAGCUCCAGCUCACCUUCAGGACGACCAGCAUCCUCCCGCUCAGCCAGGAGCGUAACAUUAAGGACCCGAUGGCCAUUCACCUGUUCUACAUUCAGGCCGUGUUCAACGUGAUCGAAUCCAACUACCCCUGCGAACCCGACGUCGCAGCUGGUCUUGCUGGAUUGCAGAUGCAGCUGACGCUGGGAGACCACAAGCCCGACACGCACACGCCCGAAUACCUGAACCGAUUCGUCAAGGCCUACAUGCGGAGCUCGAAGUGGCGCAACCGCAUCAUCGAGGAGCACAAGCGGCACACGGGCAAGGACAAGCUCAUCCUGCAGCUGCUCUACCUGCAGCUGGUGCGACAGUGGCCUUACUACGGUUCGACGUUCUUCAAGGCCGAGUACCUUCCCGUCACGCAGAGCUUCUACAAGCAACCGUUCGAGGGCGAAGUGAGGAUCGGCAUCAACAUGUAUGGUCUGCACAUCAUCGAUCCGAAGAGGAUGAUCAUGAACACGUAUACCUACACAGACCUCAAGGAGUGGGAGUCGGACAAGGAUCUGUUCUACUUCCUCACGCCCAAGGGUGAGGUCAAAAAGCACAUCUACAAGACGCCACAGGCCAACCUCGUCAACGACCUCCUGUGGGACGUGAUCAGCGACUUGGCGCAGCACGUGAAGAAGAUCGACACCAUCAGGGAGAAGCAGGGCGGCUCGCGCAUCGUCACUCAGAAGGCCAUCGAGACCAAGUACCGCAACACAGUUCUCUCCCCCUUCCACGAGGACAGCUCCGCGACCAAGGGCAAGGAGAAGGAAGAGCAGCUGUGA